AUGAAUUUCUACAUAUUUGAAGAAAGCAGUAGCCAAUGCUCGAUACCAUCAUCAACUCCCAACGUAUGUUCAUUUAUACAGAAACAAUGUGAUACAACUUAUUUCAAAAUUUCAGAACUAUAUUAUUGUUGCUUGACACCAUCGUUACCAAAUUUGUUGUUUAGCUCACUACUAAUAUUGGUUUUGCUAGUAGUCAUUCUAAUAUCACUUAGUAUAUUGGUGUCAAAUUAUUUAUUCCAAAAUCUACACAACUUGACCAAUGUGCUAGGGUUGAACAAUCAGAUAUUGUCGUUUAUAUUAAUUCCAUUAUCCAAUUCAUUACCAGACAUAUUAAACUAUUACAUUGCAUUAGAUUCGGGCUCCACCGAUUUGGUCAUAGGCCAACUAAUGGGGUCGCUACUAAUUAUGUUCACCAUUAUUAUCGGAUCAAUCAGUAUCUUGAAUCGAGGAUACAUAAUCGAACACCCAAAAAUUCUCAUGCUAGAUUUGGUGAUAGUGUUGAUUGUUUUGAUUUUGUUUCUGGAGAUACUAUCAGAUGGGAAAAUCACAAACUUGGAAUGUUGGAUAAUGAUCACGGGAUAUUUUCUAUACAUUUUGUUUUUGAUAUUUUUUGACAAAGAUAAACUAAAAGAAGUGGCAGAUGAAGAGCAGGUUUGGAUCGAAUACCAGAAUAAUGGGCUGUUUACUCAUCCUUACAAUAUUGAGGAUGCCAUAAGUAUUUUAUCUUCUAACGAUGAUGAAAUUGCCAGUUAUGGACCAGUCGUUUCAAGAUCACCGUCACCAUUACCUGAGCAUACCAGCUCCGCCAAUGACCCACUUUCCUUAUCAAUAAACUCAUUGUCGCCAAGAUCGUCAUCACCAUUAUAUGGACCCUCUGAAGUCGCAACAGAAGAAUCCCCAUUGUUAUUGGCAGUUCCUGGGAAAUUCCCCACCUCUAAAAUAUCGCCAUCUAUUCCAAUUAAUGAAGAUUCAGAUGACGAGAUUAUCAUCCAAAUUCCAUCACGGUCCAAAUCUUUUGUACAGCGAGCAUUCGAUUUAGUUGACUAUUUGUUCAUGACUUUUGUCCCAUACUAUAGAAAGAUAAAAUCUAAUUAUAGUAGAGCAAUAAUAUCAUGGUAUAUUAUCGAAACCAUCGCGGUUGUCAAUUAUCAGUUUUUUCAAUUCCCAUACAAAUACGUAAUACCGAUAUCGUACGUAAUUGCUGCAAUCUUGGUUUAUAUACAACUCACCAGCAACGUUCAGAUCGUUGCUAUUUCAAUGGCUGGAUUAACAGUGAGUUUAAUAAUUGUAUCGAAUUUAGCUAUAGUGACCUUGCAAUUAUUGAAAAAUCUUGGUGUAAUCUGGCAAAUUUCGGAUUAUUUAUUGGGCCUAAUUGUGUUUGCAAUUAGCAACUCCCUAAAUGACGGCAUCACAAAUAUAACCAUUUCGACCAAAAUAAACCCCAUAUUGGGGAUUAAUAGUUGUAUUGGCACCCCCUUAUUAAUCAUAUUGUUAGGUAUUGGUGGGAAUGGGUUGAUAGUUACCAGUAGGUCACAUAAGGAUAUUUGGUUCAGCUUGACGGACAAUGUUGUAAUUAGCGCUGGUGGAUUGAUUUUUAGCAUUUGUUGUUUAAUUAUUUAUUUGCCAUGGAAUGAUUAUCGAGUUGAUGCUAAGAUUGGUAAUUUCUUGUUGUUGUUAUACAUUAUCAUGACAGGUGUAGAAAUAUAUUUAGAAUAUUGA